UUUUUGUUGUGAUUGGAAUUAUAUUAGUCAUUUUGAUUCAUUAUAUCUUUUUUGAAUCAGUACAUAUCAUCCAUUCAAUUAAAUUGCAUAACCUAAUUACUUGCUGAGUAAGUAAGUUAAUAAUAUCAUUAACUGAUUAAAUUAUAUCAUAAGCAUCAUUAUAAGAAACUAUAUUAUAUUAAAUUCAAUUAUAUUAUGUCUGACGAAGUUAUCUGGCAAGUGAUAAAUCACCAAUUCUGUGCAUUCAAAUUACGAACUGACAAAGAUCAAAAUUUCUGUCGAAAUGAAUAUAAUGUUAGUGGGUUAUGUACCAGACAGUCAUGUCCAUUAGCAAAUGCAAGAUACGCUACAGUAAAGAAUGUGGGAGGAAAACUUUACCUCUAUAUGAAGACUGCUGAACGUGCUCAUAUGCCUUCAAGAUUAUGGGAAAGAAUAAAAUUAUCAAAGAACUAUAAUAAGGCCCUUUCACAAAUUGAUAGUCAUUUACAAUAUUGGCAAAAGUUUUUAAUUCAUAAAUGUAAACAGAGAUUAACGAGAUUAACUCAAGUAGCCAUUACAGAAAGAAGAUUAGCUAUGCAAGAUGAAGAAAGACACUAUGUUGGUGUUAAACAUAAAGUAAAGAGAAGAGAAGAAAAUAGAGAACGUAAAGCUUUGGCUGCAGCAAAGAUCGAAAAGGCCAUAGAGAAGGAAUUGUUAGAUAGAUUAAAGAGUGGUGCAUAUGGUGAUAAACCUUUGAAUGUUGAUGAAAAUAUUUGGAAGAAAGUAUUGGGUAAGGUUGAUGAAGUUGAACAAGAAGAAGAAUUUGAUGAAGAAGAUGAUUUCGAAUUAGAAAGUGGAGAUGAAGCAGAAGAUGAAUCUGAUGUUGGUGAAGUCGAAUAUGUAGAAGAUGAUGGUGAUGAUGAAUUAGUUGAUUUAGAAGAUUUAGAAAGAUGGUUAGAUGAUUCAUCUGAUGGUGAACAAGCUGAUGACGAUGAUGAAGAAGAUGACGAUGAAAGUGAUGAUGAAGAUUCAGGUAAGAAACGUAAAUCAACUUCUACUUCAGAUGAUAAGAACAAGAAGAAGAGAAGAGCUAGAGUUGAAAUUGAAUACGAAGAAGAACCAGAUCAACUUCAAACAAAUAUUGCCAUAUAAUUAACAAUAUUUCAUUAUUUUAAUAUGUAUAUAAGUGUACACC